AUGGCACGUAGGGAGUUGGGUUCAAACGAUGCGGUCCUCUCUUUUCAGCAAGACAUUUACCACAACCGAUCCUUACCACAAAUCGGAACCCUACUUCGGAAUUUGAUUCUCAGUUCUCCCUUUCUAUCCUCUCCUUUAGCCUCCCCCACUCUCAGGAUGAGCAAUCUGAGGGCGAUCUGCCGCCCCUACUCGGCGGCCAUCACCUCGAUCUACUGCAGCAGGGGUCUCGGAGGCCUAGAAUUCUUGCUCGCCUCCCGGAGCCCUAAUCUCCGGAUCCCAUCACCCUGCCAUGAUUCAGCACCGUUUAUACUCGAGGGCCACACCAGGAUGGGGCCGGCCUCUAGCGCCAGCUCGAGGCGGACGCUCACCACCCGCGUCUCUAAUUGGAAAUCGGAAAAAACACCAUAUGAAACUCUCGAGCUGGAAAGGGAUGCUGAUGAAGAGAAGAUAAAGGUUGCUUACAGAAGAUUGGCUAAGUUUUAUCACCCAGAUGUCUAUGAUGGAAGAGGAAAUCUUGUGGAAGGAGAAACCGCUGAAGCUCGAUUUAUCAAAAUACAAGCUGCUUAUGAGCUUCUAAUAGAUGUAGAAAAAAGACGACAAUAUGACAAAGAUCACCGUGUCAAUCCUAUGAAGGCUUCUCAAGCAUGGAUGGAGUGGUUAAUGAAAAAGCGAAAAGCAUUUGACCAGCGAGGAGAUAUGGCAAUUGCUGCUUGGGCUGAACAACAGCAGCGCGAGUUGAACCUGAGAGCACGUCGUCUCUCCCGAUCAAAGAUUGAUCCUGAGGAAGAGAGGAAGAUAUUAGCGAGGGAAAAGAAGGCAUCUAUCGAGUAUUUCUCCAGCACCCUGAAGAGACACACGCUAGUACUGAGGAAGAGGGAUUUGAUGCGGAAAAAGGCAGAGGAAGACAAGAAAAAGGCAAUCAGUCAACUUUUAGCUGCAGAAGGUCUUGAACUCGACCCUGAUGAUGAUGAUGAUGAAGCUGUAUGAUUUUUUUUUUCUUCCCAUUAUAGGAAAUUUGUUGUACAUAAUCUAUUCAACUCUUAUUAGUACUAAUAAUCAUUUUCUUAAUGGACUAAACUAAACUAAACUAAACUAGCUUUGGAACUUGAUCA